AUGGUUCGCUGCCAAUUUUCUAAUCCGCGAUCGCAGAACAGUCCUUUGAAUGCCGUGAGAAGUCCCAGCGUGGAGCUUGGGCACGGGGAGCACUCCAUUGCAUCACUGUUCAGCAAAACAUCUUUACUUAAUGUUCCACUGACCACGACACCUUCCAGGAGCGUGAUCACGGACAAUGGCGACCAAGAGGAACUUCAGCACAGACGAACCCAGACACAGUCAUCGGAGUCAUCCUUUAGCUCGACACAGUCGUUUGCAGAUGUGGAACUAAACCCCUCGCCCUACGAGCUGCAGGGGAACAUCCUGGAUGCUUACCAACGAACGGAAUCUGAACAAAGCUUUUUGCCCAAAAGAGAGUUAACUCGACUCAUCACACCAGAGGCUGUGUGCAUAGAACUUGCGAAUGUACCAGGCAGCAAUCUCACAACAGAUCAGAUAGAGAGUUAUGCCAUCGAAAUUUGCGCUGAGACAACGGUCCAGCGAAAAGGGAAACCUAAGAUCAAGUCGUUUCGUAAAAUCUUCGCUCUUUUAGUCAUUGCCGAGGCAUCCUCGAGCAUCGGGCAAUUCAUUGAAGACGACGUGAGUGACCUGGACUUGCCUUUGAUUCCGAUCAAGGCUCUGAGUAUCAAGGGAUUCCAUCGCAAGAGCUCCAAGAACCCUCUGAAAUGUUUCAAAGGAUGGUCGCCCACAAAACUUCGCCUGUUCCACGAUAAUCAGUGGCAGAUGCUUGCCACUUUCUUCUCAUACAGCAGUGGUGGUGACGUCAAACAUUACGCCCUUCAUGAGCGACAUAUCCUACCAUUCGUUGCACUUGAAGGCAAGGGAGAAGAUGACAACGAUAUAACAGGAUGCUAUGGUCGGGUGUUCAUGGUUCAUAUUCACAAAGACCACCACAAUUUCCCGGAUGUGACUAGCAAAGCCUGCGACCGUGGCUUCGCGAUCAAACAACAACUCCACCCUACAGAUCGGAAAUCUUACGAAAAGGAAGCCAACAUUCUUAAGAAAUUCACUGGCAAAAAUCGUCACAAACAUAUCGUUUCACUGCUCGCGACUUACGAGCAUUUGGGGAGAUAUCAUCUGGUCUUUCACCGUGCUGAAAGCAACCUACUCACCUUCUGGAACAAACUCAAACGUCAACCAGCCUUCGAAUAUGGCAAUGUAAUGUGGAUGGCCGAGCAGUGUGCAGGAAUUUCAGAAGGCUUGUGCCGACUACACAAACAAUUGACAUUCACGAUACAGCAAGGAGUAGCUCCUGCUGCACAAAGUUUUUCCCCUCCUGCCUCCCCUAUUGAGGAUCAUCCAUCGAAACGUGUUCAAUUUGACUCGGUCUCCAACCAAGUGCUUAUUCCAAUACGAGAGAAGAACGAAACUGAGGAGCAACCUUCAGCCCACAGAGACACAUCUCAUCGAAGCCGCGAUAUCACUGUUAACCGUAAACGUUCGCCCUCUGACGCCAAUCGAAUUGACGAUGGUUUACCAAAACUCUUCGGUCGCCAUGGUGAUAUACAUCCAGGCAAUAUGCUAUGGUUUGACUCCGGUCAUAAAAAAGAUGGACUGCUGAGUGGGACCCUCAAGAUUGCUGACUUCGGGCAAGCUGAAAUGAACUCCAUCCUGAGCAGGACGAAACACCGCAGUGUCGCGCACACGGUGACCUACAGGCCUCCUGAAUGUGACCAACCAAACGCUACCAUUCGGCAAGAGUAUGACAUGUGGUGCAUAGGCUGCGUGUUCCUAGAGUGCGUGGCCUGGAUGCUCGGUGGUGCUCGGCUUCUCACCAAAUUUGGAAAGGAAAGAAUAUCACCAGAUUACUUCCAGAACGGGAUGGAGACGGACACGUUCUUCCAAGUCAUUGAACCAGUGACGGAUAAUCAGGACGUGAAGGUCAAGGACAAAGUGGUACAAUUCAUUGACGAGCUACACAAGCACCCCAACUGUACCGAGUUCUUCCACGAACUUUUGAAUACUAUCAAGUACGAUAUGCUUGUGGUCGAUUCACUUGAGCGUAAGCCCUGCAACGAGAUCUCAAGACGACUGAAAGAUAUGUUUAAAAGAUGCCGAGAGGAUAUUUCAUAUGCAGCCACGACUAAUCCGUGGGAGUCAUGA